CUGAAACUAAGGCAGGCAUCCCACAUCCGAUGAAUAGCAGCUCUGUUCCAGCAGCUGUGCUUUCCCUCCCACCCAGCUAAUGAACUGGAGAAUCCACAAGGCUCCGGAUACUUGAUCUCUUGUGCAGGCUCAAGAGGACCAAGGAGGAAACCUGGGAGGCAAAAAGGAUGGGAUCUGAAAGAGAAAUGAUCAACCUUCACGACUCUAAUCCUGGCUCGAGGAGAGAAAAUGUGAUCAACAUCAACCAUUAUGCUACCAAGAAAAGUGUGGCUGAGAGCAUGCUAGACGUGGCACUGUUCAUGGCCAAUGCCACGCAGCUGAAGGCAGUGUUAGAGCAGGGGCCUUCCUUUCACUACUAUGCCACCCUGACCACCCUCAUCAGCAUUUCCCUCUUUCUCCAGGUGGUGAUUGGGAUUCUCCUCAUUGUGAUUGCACGGCUGAACUUGAACGAUGUGACAAAACAGCAGCGUCUGGACUUGCUGAAUAAUAUCGCCACGGCCCUGGUUUUCUUUACAGUCAUCUUCAACAUCUUCAUUACGGCCUUUGGAGUGCAGAAGACAGGGCUUUACCCAAGCCCUUACGGUCGGAGAUACUGAGCCUGAGCAGGCAGGAGAAUUGGACUGAGCGCACGGCAACCGACUGGGAUACCUUCGGCAGUUUUGCUGACACUCCUUAUGUGACAGGGAAC